AUGAGCAGACUAAAUAUCAAUCACCAGCUUCACGAGGCCUUUUCACUGUGUAACUCAGAAUGCCUAGCGCCCGCAGUUCUCGCCUCUUUCGCCGCAGCCUCCGCUCUCUCGAUCGCCCCCUACUCUUGGCCGUUGAGAGCCCUCGCUCCCGGCUGGCUAAGGGGAACCACCAUCCCCGCCGCCGCCGCCACAGCCAACACCGGUGCCACACACAGCUGCAGCCACCGCCGCCGAGCCGUCAUCGCCGGCACUCGCCCGCCACCCACCGUGGCCAUGCCGCUAACAGGUAGCAGGAAGCGGAAAGCGCCCGCCAUCGAGGGGGCCGACGCGAGCUCAUUGUCCGAGGGUCCGCUACAGCCUAAGAGGCAGAAGCGGCUGGUGACCCGGCGCUCGCUGGUAUACUACCUGAAGGGCCGCGAGUGGGGCGCGCAGAGCCGCGAGGGGCUCCAGGGCUUCGAGGGGGAGCUGUGCGGCUACGCGGUGCAGAGGCUGCCGGAGCUGCUUCAAGAGCGCGAGCUGGCCCUGGGCACCCUCAACAAAGUGUUCGCGUCGCAAUGGCUGAACGCCAGGCAUGUGGUGUGCGGCACCAAGUGCAACACGCUCUUCGUGGUGGACGUGCUGUCGGGCCAGAUCACGCGCAUCCCGCUCAUGCGGGACCGGGUACCCGAGUUGGCCCGGGCCCAGCCGAGCUGCGGCAUCCACGCCAUCGAGCUGAAUCCCUCCAAGACGUUGCUGGCCACCGGGGGCGAGAACCCCAACAGCCUGGCUGUCUACCAGCUGCCCACCCUGGACCCCGUGUGCCUGGGCGACCGCAACGGCCACAGAGACUGGAUCUUCGCCAUCGCCUGGAUGAGUGACACAGUGGCUGUGAGUGGGUCCCGCGACGGCACGUUGGCUCUGUGGAGAAUGGAUCCCGACAUGUUCAAGGGCAGCAUCGCUUGGCACAAUGAUGCGGGGCUCCCGGUGUACGCCCACAUCAGUCCGGUGCACGUGGAUACUCUGCCCAGGUCCAGCACCAACAGCAGUAACAUAAAGGUACGAGCCCUGGCCUUCAGUGGCAAGAACCAGGAGCUGGGAGCAGUGUCCCUGGAUGGCUACUUUCACCUGUGGAAAGCCCAGAGCACCCUGUCCAGGCUGCUGUCUAUUAGGCUGCCCUACUGCAGAGAGAAUGUGUGCCUGACCUACUGUGACGAGUUGUCCCUGUACGCAGCGGGCUCCCAGUCCCAUGUCUCUUUCCUGGAUCUGCGCCACGGUCAACAGAACAUUCGGCCACUGUGCUCCCGAGAGGGCGGCACUGGUGUGCGCUCACUGAGCUUCUAUCAGCACAUCAUCACAGUGGGUACUGGCCAAGGCUCUCUGCUCUUCUAUGACAUCCGCGCUCAGAAGUUCCUGGAGGAGAGGGCCUCUGCAGGCCAGGAUUCCUUCCUGGAACCCACAGGGAGGAAGCUCAAGCUCACCUGUGGCAGAGGCUGGCUGAACCACGACGACCUGUGGGUGAACCACUUCGGUGGCGUGGAUGAGUUCCCCAACGCAGUCUACACCCACUGCUACAACUGGCCGGAGAUGAAGCUAUUUGUGGCUGGGGGGCCUCUCCCUUCAGGCCUCCACGGGAACUAUGCAGGCCUCUGGAGCUAA